AUUCUACUGGUGAGCCAUGAAAACGAGGAUCUAAAAGAGGUGGGGUUUUCACCGUACUGCCGUUCCUCCUCCCACCACUACCGCAUCACAUGGCCUCGCUGCCGCUGGGACCGCAUCACCACCCGCCGCCACCGGCUCCGGAGCACGAUGCCGUCAAUUCGGCCGCCCCUCCUUGCGACCAGGAGAUGGCCGAAGACAAGCAAGCAUCUGUGAUGGAGGGGAAUGAUGCAGUCACUGGUCAUAUCAUUUCCACCACCAUCGGAGGCAAGAAUGGUGAACCGAAGCAGACCAUUAGUUACAUGGCGGAGCGUGUAGUAGGGAAUGGCUCAUUUGGAAUCGUAUUCCAGGCAAAAUGUUUGGAAACAAGGGAGACUGUUGCUAUAAAGAAGGUUUUGCAGGAUCGGAGAUACAAAAACCGUGAGCUACAGCUGAUGCGUUCGAUGGAUCAUCCAAAUGUUAUCUCUUUAAAGCAUUGUUUCUUCUCUACCACAAGCAGAGAUGAGCUUUUUCUAAACCUAGUCAUGGAAUAUGUGCCUGAAACUCUAUAUCGUGUUUUAAGACAUUACAGCAGUGUGAAUCAGAGGAUGCCACUUAUCUAUGUGAAGCUUUAUACAUAUCAGUUAUUUAGAGGGUUGGCUUAUAUUCAUACAGUUCCUGGUGUUUGCCAUAGAGAUGUUAAGCCACAAAAUGUUUUGGUAGACCCUCUUACCCAUCAAGUCAAGUUGUGUGAUUUUGGAAGCGCAAAAGUUUUGGUCAAGGGUGAACCAAACAUCUCUUACAUUUGCUCUCGCUAUUACCGUGCCCCAGAGCUUAUUUUUGGUGCAACAGAAUAUACAACAUCUAUUGACAUAUGGUCAGCAGGUUGUGUUCUUGCUGAGUUACUACUCGGGCAGCCAUUGUUUCCUGGAGAUAGUGCUGUUGAUCAGCUUGUUGAGAUAAUCAAGGUUCUUGGAACGCCAACCCGUGAGGAAAUUCGAUGCAUGAAUCCUAACUAUACAGAGUUCAGAUUUCCACAGAUAAAAGCUCAUCCAUGGCAUAAGAUAUUCCAUAAGCGAAUGCCUCCAGAAGCAAUAGAUCUUACCUCACGUCUUCUCCAAUACUCUCCAAGUUUUCGUUGCACCGCACUGGAAGCAUGUGCUCACCCCUUUUUUGAUGAGCUACGAGAACCAAAUGCACGGUUGCCAAAUGGUCGUCCUCUGCCUUCUCUUUUCAACUUCAAACCGGAAUUAGCAGGUGCAUCACCAGAGCUCAUCGCCAAGCUGAUUCCAGAACAUGUGCGGCGGCAGUCUGGUCUCAGUUUCCUGCAGAUGCCUGGGACAUAGUACCACAAAAGCUUUCGAGAUGUUCUGGUCAAAAUGCAAGUAACCCACUACAUGUUGUUCACGGAGGCGAGUAGGAGUGCUCUACCGUUGGGAGCUAUAAUGAUGGAGCUGAUGGGAUGUUUGGAGGGUUCCUUAAAUCGUAUCCUGCCUUUCUGCCGGUCUUUGUAUAUUGUAAGAUAUUUAGGAUCUCAUUCUGAUGUAGUCGCUGUAUCUGAUGAAUUCUAAAUGGUCAAAGAAUUAUGUUCUGCCCUUGUAGAGGACAUUAUAGGUGUCUUCGUAGUGUGGUUUGGCUGCUUCUUAUCUGUACUGUCUGCGGCACAACUUAACAGGCUGGUUCUCUUCAUUUUUGUUUGGUGAUGUCAGUGAACAGUAAGUUUAAUUUGAUGUAGCUUUGCCGUUUUCAUGUAGAUGUAUCUGAUCCAGAAGCGAGAAUGUUGUAAUUGAA